GAGCGGAGCGGCGCGCAGCGCGGGUCCGCCGGGCCGCGCCGCGCCAUGGCGCCCUCCUUCCGGCCCGGCAAGGGCCGCCCGCCGCGGGGGGACGAGGACUGCGCGGAGGCCAGGGCCGACAGGAAGACGAGGAAGCCGCUGGUGGAGAAGAAGCGCCGGGCGCGGAUCAACGAGAGCCUGCAGGAGCUGCGGCUGCUGCUGGCCGACAGCGAGUUUCAGGCGAAGCUGGAGAACGCGGAGGUGCUGGAGCUGACGGUGCGGCGGGUGCAGGCCGUGCUAGAGCGCCGCUCCCUCGAGGGCGGGCGGCUGCACCGCGAGGCCAGCGAGCGCUUCGCUGCCGGCUACAUCCAGUGCAUGCACGAGGUGCACACCUUCGUCUCCAGCUGCCCCGGCAUCGACGCCACCACGGCCGCCGAGCUGCUCAACCACCUGCUGGAGUCCAUGCCGCUCAACGAGGGCGGCUUCCCGGACUUGAUCGCGGACGUUUUGGCGGAUCCCGCCCUCGGCCCCUGGCCCAGCAGCGAGGUGCUGGCCCCGGCGGCCGAGGCCUCCCUGGGCCUGGCUCUCCCUGCCUCGGCACCCUCGCCUUCCCCCAGCGAAGACACCUGCUCCGACUCGGACGAGGCAGAGGCCGAGCCGGGCCAGACCACCACCGUCGGACUGGACGCUUCCCGGACGCGCGGCCUGCCUUCACCCGGCUUACCCAAAUCGAUGUGGAGACCCUGGUAAUGGAGGAGCAUGCGGGAGUCGACACCGAUGUACCUAGCGGGGAGAGCAGCUGGGCCCCGCACUCCCCUGCAGCCCUCCGAGGAGCGCCAGGGACUGCCAGUGCGCGUGCAGCUGGCGUCGCUGCGUUUCGGGACUGCAUCAAUGGCACUCUUACGCUGUCAUGCCCUGACAGGCUAAUAGCUAAGCGCAUUAACAUUUCAUCUGUGUGUGUGUGUGUGUGUGUGUGUGUGUGUGCACGCGCUUGCGUGUGUGACAUUUUGUAACUUUAGGGGUUGUUUUUACCAGAGGUUGGGGCAGGGGGGAGGAGGGAGUGGGUUUUUAGUAGCAAAGCUCUUGGGUGGAUACACAGCAGUUAUUUUAUAACCCUGUCUCUUUCUCUUGGCCCUUGUAAGUGGCCCAAAUAUAAUUACCUUUUUCUUUAAAGAAAAAGCCCUUCUGCAUUUUAAAUCCUGAUGGUUAACUCCAUGAGAAGCUUGAGUUAAGUUUGCAUGCACAGUUUUAAGUGUUCUAGUGAUAGCAAAGAUCCCUGAAAGGGGUUGGUGUGGUUAGCAUCUGUACUCGGUAGCAGUCUAGAGUCUCACCUUCAGUGAAGGAGGAGAAAACUAGAAACCUGGUGGAAUUAGACAAACAGGUAAAAGACUUUGGUGGCAGGGUGCCUUUUAGAAAUGAGUGUCUUUACGCACAUUUUGCUUUUAGCACAUUUGAGUUUUUUGUGACUUUAUGUAUAUUAGGGCGUCAAAUUUUUUUUAUUUUUAAUCUUUAAUAAAAAAAAAUACUGAAUUCACAACUGACUGCAUGUAUUGUGGAGUGUGAUGCACUUCUAACCGGUUUAAAAAAUUAAAAAUGUAGUCCCCUAUUGUUAAGUAUUAACAAAAGUAUGUAUAUAUUGUGGAAACAAUGCUGGUAAUUAAGCACUUAAUUCUUGUAGUAAGCAUUGUUAGCUCAAGUAUUGGAAUUCAAAUGUUCCUUUUGUUUGGAAGACAUUGAAGUUAUUGCAGUGAGCAAGGUCAUGCUGGUUAAGGUUGAUCUUGGGCCACGGAUUUCUGGGCUAAUUUAUCUGGAUGCCAGUCUCAAACCUAAGCUACUUGAUCUGCCACUGAAGGUGCUGCUCAUACAUCUACAGUCCUAGCUUCAGAAGCACUAGGCAAAUCCUGUCCUGGGGCAUGACUUCACAGGGGGGUUGGGUCUGGUGAGUUGUUUUGUUUUGGUUGUCUGAAGUUGUUUCGGUUUGGGGUUUUUUUUGUUUUGUUUGGGUUUUUUUUUCCUCUUGAAUGCAAAGUUGAAUAGAGUGUGCAAUGGAUUUGGAAAGUAUUCUCUAAAAUUAAAAAAGUGUUUCUAAGGGGCUGGGGGGGAUCCUCAGCAUUCUUGUACGUGAGGUUUGACACUUCCCCUGUUCCUACUUUUGGAAGAUGCCAGGUUAUUUGUGCUGUGAUAGUACCUUUCAGAGAGCUGUCAUUGUAAAGAGGAAAACAAAAAGGAUUGUACAGCUACUUAAUACAUGGAAGUUCCCAAACAUAGAACAAGCAAGAAAGGAAGCAAUCUAACUACCGAGGGACUAGACAUGUAACUGUUAACAACCCUAUGGAAUAAUAAAAAUGGAAACUAAGAUACUCAUAA